AUGCAUACAAAUAGGUUGAAGAUAAUUUCAAAUAAUAGCAAUUAUUAUACUUAUAAGAGUAUCCUUUGUUCUUAUAAGUUUUAUUCAUUUUUGAGAAAAUCAUUAACAAAAAAACAUUUUAAUAAUUUUCAACUUAUAGAUAAAAAAUGGAAUAAUUCGAUAAAAAGCAAAUCAGGACAUAAAAAUGAAAAUAUACUUUCUAAUAAUAAUGGGAAAAUAGAUAAUGAUAUAAACAUUUUUAAUGAUAAAAUAGUAAUAACAAAUAAAUCAAAUAGUAAUAAAGUAUUCUCCUUAUAUACUAAGACAUAUAUAAGUAAGGAAAGUGAGCAAAUAUUAAUUUUAUCUCUUAAGAAGUUGAAUGAAUAUGAAAAAAUAAAAGAAAAUGUAAAAAUUAGUGUUUUUAUUUUUGAACUACAAAAUUUAAGUAAAUCUAAAAUUUCUUUUAACGUUUUAAAAAAAAUAGAAAUUAUAAAUAAUUUAUUUACACACAUUAACAACAACAUAGGCGAUGCAUCACCAUCAUUAUUGCUAUCAGUAUCAAUAAGCUAUAAAAAUAUAAAUUUAAAUAAAUAUACAUAUUUUAAAAAUAUUUUACGUGAAGUAUGUAAUCAUAUAAAAGUUUAUAGAAGUAAUAAACUAAAUAAAUUACUAAAAAAUGAAAAUGAAAAAGAAGACUACGAAUACACUAUUGAAUUACUUAAUAAAAAAAAAAAAAAUAAAAAAAAAAUUAAUAUGUUAAAUAUCUAUACUAACAAUUUAAACAACAGUGCUUUAUGCUAUAUAUUGUAUUCCUACUCUUCGUUGUUUACUAUUUCUAAUUCAUAUUUGCUUUAUAUAUGUAAAUAUAUUUUGCUAAAUGUAUGUAAUAUUAAUUAUUUAGAUAUGUUGUCUCUUUUAUAUUUCUUAAAUAGAACAAAUGUAAAAAUAAAAAAAUCAGAUAUAGCUUAUUAUAAAGAUAUUGAACUGAGUAAGCUAAAAGAAAAAAAUAAUAGUCAUUUAGAGAAUAAUAAUGAUAAUAAAAAUAACUUUAAUGUUGAAGAUAAGGAAAUGCAUAAUUCAAAGUCAAAUGAUCAAAAUAAAUUAGUAGUUAAUAAAAUAAAGGAUUUAAAGAAUAAUAACAAUAAAUAUAAUGAAUAUAAAAAUAUUUAUAUGAAAAUACUAAGAACUAUUAUUUACAUAAUAAACAAAAAAAAAACGUAUUUUGAAAAUUCAAAUAUUUUAAUAUUAAUUUUAUAUUAUUAUUUUAAAAUGAAUUUAAUACCAAUUCAAAUUUUUUAUAAACUUCACUUUAAAAUAAAGAAAAAUAUUAAGAGUAUUGAUAUUAAAUAUAUAUCUUUAUAUUUAUAUAUUUUAAGUAGUAUUAAAUUUAGUAUUAACUAUUAUAAAUUCAUAUACAAAUAUUUAACUAAUGUUUUUCAAGAGAAAAUAAAAGAAUUUAACAUUUUAUCGUUAUCGUUAUCUUUUUACACACUCUCUAAAAAUCAGUAUUACAACGAGAAUUUUGUAAAAAGUUGCAUAAAUUUAUUUCAAUUAAAAAGUGAAUCAUUAAAUGAUAUAAACAUAACAAACAUUAUAUAUACCUUAGGGAAGAUAAAAAUAAGAGAUGAUAUAUUAUGCAAUAAGUUAUGUGAUAUAUUAAUUAGAAGAAUUGAUAAUAUAUCAGCAAUAAAUUUAAGUUUAAUUGUUCAUAAUUUAUCAAAAAUUAAUUAUAAAAAUGAAAGAUUUUAUAAUAUCUGUUUAAAAAAAGCGAAAGAAUUAUUAUGUAGUUUUACUUUGAAACAAUUAGUAAUUUUUGCUGAAGGAAUGAUAAUAAAUAAUAUGUAUGAUUAUGAAUUUUUUGAAAUGUUUUUUAAUCAACUUAUAAAAUUAGACAAUAGCUUUAAUCAAAAAAAAAAAAAUAUAUUGAAUAAAAUAUGCUUUAGUUUAGUUUUAGAAAAACCAGAUUUUGUAAAAAACUUUCCUUUAUCAAUUAAAACUACCAUAUCUAAUAAUAUUAAUUAUAUUCAAAAUAAAAAUUUUAGUGAUAUACAUGAUGAAAUUAUAAAUAUACUAAAUUAUUUGAAUAUUGAAAAUUUUGAAAUAUUAAAAAAAAAGGAACCAUAUAUUUUUGAUAUAUUUAUUAAAAAUAAUCCCAAUGUAUAUAUUGAUAUAAUAUCAUCAUUAAAAUUUCUUAAAAAUUAUAAUAGUUUAAAUGGAUUAACAGAAUUAAAAAAAAGGCAUAUGGAAUUAUUAAAUAUUAAAUAUUAUUACUUUAAUAAAAGCUGUUAUUUAUCACUAGACAGUUUAGAUAAAAAAGUUAAUUUUAUUAAAAAUUUUUUAAAAAAUGAAUGCUCAUUGAAUUUUAAUUACGUAAAUGAAAUGAAGGAACAAAAAAAAAGUGAAAUAAAAAAUUUAAUUUUAUUUAAUGAAAAUCAAAAGAAUUAUAUAGAAAAAAUAAAUAAAAAAAGAAAAUUUUAUGAUAAAAAAUAUUCUUCGAAUAAUAAAUAUUCUAUUAAAAAUAAAGAUUUUUAUGUAUUCCCAUCCUGUGCAAAAACUGAAAAUAUAGAAAAAAAAUUUCGUAAAAAUAUAAUUAACAAAGUAAAUUUUCAGGAACCAUUAAUAAAAAAGCAACAAAUAUAUAUUGAUUGUGAUGAUAAUAUUUUAUUAAAUGAAAGAAAAAUUAGCUUAUUAAAGAAUUCCUUUUUUGAGUUACCAAAAAAGGAUAUGAAAAAUUCUCAUUUUCAAUUUAAUAAUGAAAAUAAAUUUUUGUUUGAAAAAAAAUGCCACGGAUUAAGCAAGCAUGAAUAUUAUGAUGAAAAAACUAAUAAAAUAAUAAUCAAAAAAAUUAUUUAA